AUUAACAGUUCACCAGAUGAAAAUAUGGCAGAGUUAAACAUGGUAUCACAAAAACUUGAUAAUGCAAAGAAUUAUAAUUACAAGAGAAAAUGUAACUCAGGAAAUUUUUUAUCAAGAAAUAUGGUAGACUCAGAAAGUUCACACAAUUCUAGAUGGAAUCCAAAUAGAUACUCGAUUAAAGAAGUUCAUACCAAAAAAAAUACAAAUUCGUCUGAUUUAAAAAAUAAUUGGAAAGAAAAAAAUAAUCAAUUUAAAAGUCUUGGAAAAUCAUAUAAUGCGAAAAAAAUGAACACUGAAUAUUCUAAUUUGAAUACUGCAAUGAUAACCCAGCGAGAAAGCUUAAAGUUUUCAUUAGAUAAAGGUACCUUGGAAUGUCUUGUGUGCUGUGAAUAUAUUAAACAUCUCACUCUGUUUGGUCUUGCUUAGGCUGUUUUCAUGUUUUACAUUUAAAUUGCAUAAAAAAAUGGGCUCAGACAAGUAAAGCAGGAAAUGAGUGGCGUUGUCCUGCGUGCCAGCAUCCUUAUACUGAAGUUCCAAACUUAUAUUAUUGCUUUUGUUAUAAAGUUAACAAUCCUCGCUAUAAUAAGUAUGACGGUGCUCACACGUGUGGUCAAGUUUGUGCUCGUGUUGGAGCUUACCCCUGCGUCCAUAGUUGUACAUUAUUGUGCCAUCCAGGCCCGUGUCCAUCCUGCCAAGCUCAAGUUUCUCGAAACUGUGCCUGCGGAAAAACUACCCGUGUCGUUCAGUGCAAGCAAACAGGAACUUUCCUCUGUGAUAAACUUUGUGAGAAGCUACUGAAUUGCCAACUACAUCACUGUCAGGAUUUGUGUCAUGAAGAGGAAUGUAAGAAAUGUGAAGAUAUAAUUU